AUGUCUGCACAAUUGAGAGAGUCACCAACAGUCCAUCCACAAGAUGAGUCAGGUAGCCUUUUGGUAGUGAAGAUGGAGGAGGAAGAACAGGCCUGUGAUCUGGACUCCAGUCUCCAUGGGAACAGCCACUACAGCACAGAGACCUUCCGCCAGAGGUUCAGGCAGUUUGGCUACCAGGAUUCCCCUGGGCCCCGGGAGGCACUGGGCCAGCUCAGGGAGCUUUGCUGUCGGUGGCUGAGGCCAGAGGUGCACACCAAGGAGCAGAUCCUAGAGCUACUGGUCCUGGAGCAGUUCCUGGCCAGCCUACCUGAGGAGCUGCAGGCCUGGCUGCUAGAGCACCAACCAGAGAAUGGAGAGGAAGCUGUGACUCUGCUGGAGGACCUGGAGAGAGAGCUUGACGGGCCAGCUGAGCAGGUCUUUUUGGGACAAAAUGAGGACGUGCUUGCAGAGAAGCCAGCACCUUGGAAAAUCAGACAGGAGUUACCAAGUAGCCGGCCCAAGCCCGAGAAGCCACAGCAGCAGUGGGCAUCGUGGGAGCUUCACUCCUUAACGCAAAAUGAUAAAGACACUGGAACUAUAAAUGACAAGUAUGCUUCAAGGCAAAAGACUUCUUCCAGCCCAGGAUUGCACUGUGAUAUUUCUAAUACCCUAUCUAUGACAGCUUCCCAGAACUUCACCUAUAGAGGAACUUAUGAACAAGAUGGCAGGUUUGAAAGAAAACAGGAUAACCCUUCUCGAAAAAAACAACACAAGUGUGAUGAAUGUGGCAAAAUCUUUAGUCAGAGCUCAGCCCUUAUCCUACAUCGGAGAAUCCACAGUGGAGAGAAACCCUACGCGUGUGAUGAGUGUGCAAAGGCUUUUAGCCGAAGUGCAAGCCUGAUUCAGCAUCGACGAAUACACACUGGGGAGAAACCCUACAAGUGUCAUGACUGCGGGAAAGCCUUCAGUCAGAGCUCAAAUCUUUUCAGACAUAGGAAAAGACACACUAGAGAAAAAGUCCACCAGCAUUUACUCAGAGCUUUUUCAAUGGGAGAGAAGACACAAGAUAGAAACACCCCUUACAAUUGUCCCCUGACUAACGCUGAGCUAUCCAGGCGUCUGGCCAAGCAGCCUCAAAGCGGUCAUUGUGGUCGGGCUAUCCCUCCCCCUUGCGAGCACAUUUCCAUGGCAACGCGGGGCUUCUCCUCUCCCCGCCUCCAGGAGCUGGCAGACCGGAAGCAGUCCGCACCGGGGGCUUCUGGGAAACAGCUUGUGAGCGGCGUUUCUGCGUCGACCGUGGACUGCGAAGCGGCUGUGGUUCCUGAGCCGGAGUUUCUUCAAGACAUCAGGAUGUCUGCACAGUCAGUGGAAGAAGAUUCAAUACUUAUCAUCCCAACUCCAGAUGAAGAGGAUAAAAUUCUGAGAGUGAAAUUGGAAGAGGAUCCUGAUGGUGAAGAGGGAUCAAGUAUCCCCUGGAACCAUCUCCCUGACCCAGAGGUUUUUCGACAGCGAUUUAGGCAAUUUGGAUACCAGGAUUCACCGGGACCCCGUGAAGCUGUGAGCCAGCUUCGAGAACUCUGCCGUCUGUGGCUAAGGCCAGAGACACACACAAAAGAACAAAUAUUGGAGUUGGUAGUACUGGAGCAGUUUGUUGCCAUCCUACCCAAGGAGCUACAGACAUGGGUUCGAGAGCAUCAUCCAGAGAAUGGAGAGGAGGCAGUGACGGUGCUGGAGGAUUUAGAGAGUGAACUAGAUGACCCUGGACAACCGGUUUCUCUCCGACGACGAAAACGGGAAGUACUAGUAGAGGAGAUAGUGUCUCAUGAAGAAGCUCAGGGAUUACCAAAUUCUGAGCUUGAUGCUGUGGAAAACCAACUCAAGUGGGCAUCCUGGGAGCUCCAUUCGCUAAGGCACUGUGAUGAUGAUGCUAGGACUGAAAAUGGAGCACUAGCUCCAAAGCAGGAAAUUCCUUCAGCAGUAGAAUCUCACGAAGUUCCUGGCACUCUGAAUAUAGAUGUUCCUCAAAUUUUUAAGUAUGGAGAAGCCUGUUUCCCUAAGGGCAGGUUUGAAAGAAAAAGAAAUCCUUCUCGAAAGAAACAACAUAUAUGUGAUGAAUGUGGAAAACACUUCAGUCAGGGCUCAGCUCUUAUUCUUCAUCAAAGAAUCCACAGUGGGGAGAAACCCUAUGGAUGUGUUGAAUGUGGGAAAGCAUUCAGCAGAAGUUCCAUCCUUGUGCAACACCAGAGAGUCCAUACUGGAGAAAAACCUUACAAAUGUCUUGAAUGUGGAAAAGCCUUUAGCCAGAAUUCUGGGCUUAUUAAUCAUCAGAGAAUCCAUACUGGGGAGAAACCUUAUGAAUGUGUUCAGUGUGGGAAAUCCUAUAGUCAAAGCUCAAAUCUUUUUAGACAUCAGCGAAGACACAAUGCUGACAAACUUCUGAAUGUUGUGAAAUCUCGCUCUACGGUUUCCAAUCGGCGCUGUUCGGCGGGUCCCACCCACAGACUCGCUCCUUCGCGGUCCCGCACCCCACUCCCCAGCCCCCCGCACUGCAGCGCGCCGCCGGAGCUGCCGGCCUCCGGGCUUCCUAGAGGGGCGCGCCGGCCCCACCUCGGCUCCUGGCCCGGCGCCCUCGGGCUCCGUUCCUUGAGGUCGGUUUCACAGCUGGCGGAGCGAAGGAAGGAACCUCAGACACGGACCUCUAUUUUUACCCAAUCUCAGCUGGGUAGUGAUUUCAGACUAUCUUUGUCCAGUAUGUCAGGAAAGUCUGCAACCUUGGCCUACCAUGCUCCUCAUUCUUCAAAAGAAGGACUUAUAAUUAUGAAGCUUGAAGAAGAGAAUUAUGUUUGGGGGCAGGACUUUGGCCUUCAGGGAAAUGUCCAUAGCAAGGAGACCUUCCGCCAGAGGUUCAGGCAGUUUGAUUACUCUGACUCUGCUGGGCCCCGGGAGGCGCUGGGCCAGCUCCAGGAGCUUUGCUGUCAGUGGCUGAGGCCAGAGGUGCACACCAAGGAGCAGAUCCUGGAGCUGCUGGUCCUGGAGCAGUUCCUGGCUAGCCUGCCUGAGGAGCUGCAGGCCUGGCUGCUAGAGCACCAACCAGAGAAUGGAGAGGAAGCUGUGACUAAGCUGGAGGAGCUGGAGAGAGAGCUUGAUGAACCAAGGCAACAGGACACAGCUCAUGGUCAAGGAAUGAUCUGGAAGGAAAUGACAUCAAAAGGUGCAUUGAAAGCUCUUAGAAGUCAGUUUCAGCCCGGGGAGAACCAGUAUAAGAGUGAGGCUCCAGAGCCCCAGAAUUUCCACGUGAGAGAUUGCAAGCUGGUGACUCACAAAAUAUUGACAACAAAGCAAGAAAUUAUUGAAUGUGCAGCAUCAGCAGCCAAAAUAUCACCAAGAAGACUCCUUGGAGAAACUCCUUCAGGACAGAUAAUUGAAGAAGUUUUGGGAGGAUUGGAUAAUGUUGACAGGCUGAAAGGAAAUGCUGCAAGGAACACAAUGAAUCAGCUCCCUUCCCAGGAAAGACAUUUUAGCCUGGCAACCUUCAACAAGAAAAUCACCACAAAAGAGAGUGCUCUUGAAUGUAAUGAAAGUGAAGGAAGUCUAAGUCUGAACUCAAAUGUUAUAAAACAACAGAGAAGUCACGCUGGGAGAAGGCUCUAUGAGUGCUCUGACUGUGGGAAAGCCUUUUGCCAGAGCUCAAAGCUGAUUAGACAUAAGAGAAUUCAUACAGGAGAGAGGCCUUAUGCAUGUAAAGAAUGUGGUAAAGCUUUUAGUUUAAGCUCAGACCUUGUCAGACAUCAGAGAAUUCAUAGUGGUGAAAAGCCCUAUGAAUGCUGUGAAUGUGGAAAAGCUUUCAGGGGCAGCUCAGAACUUGUUAGGCAUCGGAGAAUUCACACUGGAGAGAAACCUUAUGAAUGUGGUGAGUGUGGGAAAGCCUUCAGCCGGAGCUCAGCCCUUAUUCAGCAUAAGAAAAUCCACACUGGAGACAAAGGCUAUGAAUGUAUUGAAUGUGGUAAGGCUUUUGGUAGAAGCUCUAUCCUUAUGGAACAUCAAAGAAUUCACACUGGAGAGAAACCUUAUGAGUGUAAUGAAUGUGGAAAAUCAUUCAAUCAGAGUUCAGCCCUCACCCAGCAUCAGAGAAUCCACACUGGAGAGAAGCCUUAUGAAUGUAGUGAGUGUAAGAAAACAUUUAGGCAUAGGUCAGGCCUUAUGCAGCAUCAGAGAACUCACACCAGAGUUUAACUCUGUGAGUAAUAAUUGUACAAUGGUGAAAUACAAGGAAUUCCCUUUGAAGGUGAAGACUCCAUAGAAGACAGAAGUUUACUGAGAGCAGAUCUCUGUUUCUUUUCCCUUGUUCAUUACUGUAGUGCAGAUCCACAUUUGUUGAAAUGGUAAGUGAACAACUUUGCAGUAGGUUCAGAGUUGGGCAGAGAUACUGGAAGAGCUCCAUUUACAAUGAACUAAGGUGAUGCCUCCCCUGGCAAGAAUCUCACCCUGCAAGAGCAUUUCUGCAUUUGACAGCUGGAGGCAUAUACUGAGCUAUUCAGCAGCCUGAAAUGUUUAAUUGUGAGGUUGCAAAAAUAAUAAGUUGUGCCCUGGGUCAGUUUAGUAAUAUCUGGGAGAUGGCAGCUACUUCUGCCUCUUUGCCAGUUUUCUCCUCAGUCCUGAGCUUCCUACUGAGGGCAGUUCGGAACUUUUUAUUAAGCACCUGCUAUGUGCCAUCCAUUGAAGGCACAUAGUUCUCUCUAAGGACUAAUGAGAUAUACAAUAAAGUGUUGAGUGCUUUGGCAGGAUAAAUCCAGAAUUCUCUCAAAAUAAAUGGCAGGCGUACUUAAUCUGGUCUCUAUGAAUCACUUAAGACUUCCUGGACGUGAUGAAAUCUCAUAUGUAAUAGGUGGUAGAAGUUAACCAGGUCAUGGGCAAGAUGGAAGGAACAUUACAAGUAGAGGUUGUAGCACACACUGUGGCAUAAAGGGAGGAUGUGUUUCCACCCCUUCAUCAGGAUUCUUAACUGGAAUUGUUUUUCAUAGACCCUGGUUCAGCACCCAGGAAAAGUGUUGGUUCCUCUCUCUUUUUAUAAUCACUGAGUUGGUUAGCUUGUUCCAGACCCAGAGAGACCUGACAGAGCUUGAGUACUUCAGAGAAUAAAUAUGAUGGAAGAUUUUGGUGUGUAUUGUGGGAAAAGGUUUGUAUGUACAUCGAAGAGAGAAUACAUAUUGAGGGCUACAGGGCAGUGGAGACUCUAGUAUGUGUCUCAUGAUUCUGGGGCCAGGAAAUUGGCAGCAUGCAGGAAGGAACACAGGGAGUCUGCCUUCCCAGGUUCCAAUAUUCUGAAUUCCCUAUCCUUUCCCUCACAUCACUACUUGAAGACAAUGCUUAUUUGAACUCCUUGGAUUCCUUAGAACUCUACUUUUCUGCUAAUUUUUAUUUUGGCACUCUUAAUUUGUAUUUAUUACCUAAGAGAAAUUUUGGCUUUCUUCUAAGAUGUCCUGAUUUCCCUUUGAGAUAGUCAAUUCUAAAGAAGACAUCUUAUUUUUAAUGUUAAUACUUUUCUCCUAGUUGUGAAUUAGUUGUAAAUGUUGAUAAUACAGAAAAUGAGAAAGUCACUCACUGACAAUUCUACCACCUAUAGAAACAUUGGUAACACUUUGGGGUACGUUCAAUCAGUUUUUUUCUCCCAUCCUAGUAUUUGGUAAAAGUUCUUGCUUGGUAAAUUAGUUUUAGUAACUUAUUUUUAAAGUUAUACUAUGAGUAUAUACUCUACUUGGAAUAU